AUGGAAACAGAAUCUAAAAUAUAACAAAGCCUUUUGAUUUUGCGAUAAGUCUCCCCUCCUGUAUUCGGAUCAAUGCAUCACAACAGAACUCCUAAUUUGGACUAAUUGGACUAGCUUGCAUAAAUCUCAGUAAUGAGGAGAAAGAAAUCAAAUGAUCCCCACAAAACCGAACCCAUCUACAGUGACAUCCGCAGUAAAUCAUUCAUAAAAUUAGGAACAUACAUCUAAAUAGAAAGAAGAAAUCAAUAAAAUAAUUAAAACUAAGUAACCCUCAUUGCCAUACUUGCCCAAAAAACAAAAAGAAUUUUAUAAUAAAUGGUACAUACCUUAUGAUUAGAGGUAUCUUCAAAAGCCUGAUGUAGUGGAAUAGUAGUAUUAAGGUAUCUAUGUCUAUCAUCAACUAUUAGAUGAAUUGCACUUUUAUAAAAAUAUGCAUAAUAUGUAUGUACAGUAUAAUCCAUUCGAUCAAAAGCUACCUGAUGAUCUUAUCAAAAAGAUUGGUUACAAAGAGAGGACAGAAGCACUCAAAGAAAUAUUGAAAGGUCAGAAGUAGAUAAUUGAAUUUAAAAGGUUUUUAUUCAUGAUCAUUACUUAGGAAUUUAGAAAAAGAAAGAUAGAGAGUUCCUGAAUUUAUAAAAUAAUUAGUAGACUCUGAUAAAAAAAAAUAAAAAAAAAAGUCAUACUCAUGA